CAUUUACUAUGCACCUUUGUAAAUUAGUUUCUCAUAGCAAUAAGUUAAUUUCCAUAUCGGUCGUGUUAAUAUCAUUAAUUAAAGCCACCACGAUAAAUACAAAAGAGUCGCGCGUCGGGCGGCAAUUCUUUGGCAGGGCGGCGCGGCAAGGGCGCGCGCGGGGGUGUCCGCGGGCGCGCAGGGCGGCAGUCAGCGCCGCGCCGCGCCUGGGCCCGGGACGCCCAUCUACACGAGCGUUUACGUAACGAUGGCCGAGCCCGUAAGCUGAUGGCCGCGCUCGUCUGGUGGCUGGCGGCCUGCUGCCUGCUGCGCGCCGCCACCGCCGGCAACCCGGACGCGAAGCGCCUCUACGACGACCUGCUCUCCAAUUACAACAAACUCGUCAGGCCGGUCGUCAACACCACAGACGUGCUACGCGUCUGCAUAAAACUAAAACUUAGUCAGCUCAUCGAUGUUAAUCUGAAGAAUCAGAUAAUGACAACAAAUCUGUGGGUAGAGCAAUCGUGGUACGACUACAAGUUGCGGUGGGAGCCACGCGAGUACGGCGGAGUCCACAUGCUUCACGUGCCCUCUGACCACAUUUGGCGACCCGACAUCGUGUUAUACAACAACGCUGACGGCAACUACGAGGUGACGCUGAUGACGAAGGCUACAGUCUACUACAACGGAAUGGUGGUGUGGCAGCCGCCCGCCGUCUAUAAAUCGUCCUGCUCGAUCGACGUCGAGUUCUUUCCUUACGACGUGCAAACCUGUGUGCUUAAGUUAGGCAGCUGGACAUAUGACGGUUUCAAGGUGGACCUGAGGCACAUGGAUGAGCAGGCUGGUAGUAACGUCGUCUCCGUGGGAGUUGAUCUCUCAGAGUUUUAUAUGUCCGUUGAAUGGGAUAUACUCGAGGUUCCAGCAGUAAGAAACGAGAAAUUUUACACGUGCUGCGACGAGCCCUACCUGGACAUCACGUUCAACAUAACAAUGCGGAGAAAAACUUUAUUUUAUACUGUGAACAUUAUUAUUCCAUGCAUGGGGAUUUCAUUUCUCACAGUCCUUACAUUUUAUUUACCCUCGGACAGCGGGGAAAAGGUGACGUUAUCAAUAUCGAUAUUGAUUAGCCUCCACGUGUUCUUCUUGCUGGUAGUCGAAAUCAUCCCUCCAACUUCGCUGGUUGUGCCCCUACUGGGAAAAUACCUCAUAUUUGCCAUGAUUCUUGUUUCUAUCAGUAUAUGCGUAACGGUGGUGGUUCUGAAUGUCCACUUCCGUUCGCCACAGACGCAUCGCAUGGCGCCAUGGGUAAAAAGAGUUUUUAUACACAUACUACCAAGACUUCUAUUUAUGAAACGACCGCAGUAUAAAUUCGACACAACGAGAUCACGUUAUACGGCGUGCGGUGUGGUCGUGCGUUGCGGAGGCGCUGCGCGGCCGCUGUAUCCGUACAGGCUAGCGGCUGCCGAUGACGACUGCUGCGCGCCGGGCGCGUGGCCGCCGCCUGCCGCGCCGCCACCGCGGCCGCUGACGCGCACCCCCAGCAAGGAGGAUUUAACACAUACUACUUAUCUUAAUUCGGGUAUGGGCGAUAGCAAUCGCUUCGGUGGUAGCUGUGUAGUGCACGGGUCGAGCGAAGGCGCCGCGGGACUUGGGUUGUCGAGUACGGCGCUGGGCGGAGCCCCCGGGCCCGCCGACGAGGAUACGCUGAGCCCUGUGCCGGACCCACCACCUGGCUUCAGCCACUCCGCUUGUCCUCCAGAGGUCCAUAAGACUUGCUUUUGUGUGCGCUUCAUAGCGGAACAUACAAGGAUGCUUGAGGAUUCUACUAAGGUAAAAGAAGAUUGGAAAUACGUAGCAAUGGUACUGGACCGUCUGUUCCUCUGGAUAUUCACGCUGGCUGUUCUAGUGGGCACCGCGGGCAUCAUCCUGCAAGCACCAACACUCUAUGACGACCGUGUGCCCAUCGACAAACACUUUAACCAAUACGCCACCUCUUCAUUGGUGCGGUGUCCACCGCCAUCGUAAUAAUAUAACUAAACCUAAACAUACGUAGAUAUUAUUUUUAAAGCUUAUGUUAAUUUUUUAAUGAAAUCUAU